UUGAGUUUUAUGUUUGACAUGUUUGAAGAACCAAGAAUCAUAAACCAAGAAAUUGUUGUUAAAACUACAAAUUAAUGACUCUAAAAUGAUCUGUGAACAUUGGGGAACAUUCCUAUAUAAUUUAAUUGAAGUUUGUACGCCCACGCAUGCGUAAGUACAGACCGGGGCCUUCCCCGCCUGGCCGCCAGAUGCUUGCCGCUUGGGCUGGCUGGAUGCUGCCACAGACUUCUAACUCUAGGCAGGCUGCGCUGCUGGAGCUGAGGCAGGUGGUGCAGAUGGAAACGCCUCACUCGAAUUCUUCGGACACUCCUUGUGGAAAUGCCCAACCUGACCACACCCAAGGCAUAGGCCUUGAGUUUAAAGAAGAAUUAGACAACAAAGUAGUAGAGGAUUUCAAUAAAUUGGUUCAAGAUGGAUCAAUUGAUGAAUAUCUUGAAAAAUUUGAGGAAUUGAAAUCUUUAAUGCUGCAAAGAACUCCUAUAUUACCUGAAGAUUACUUUGUAGCCAGCUUUAUUGGUGGAUUGAAGUCCCAUUUGAAACCAUUUGUUAAGGCGCUAAAACCUACAUGUUUGGAUGAGGCUGUACAGUUUGCCAGGUUACAGGAGGAUGCAGUGCAAGCCACUAGAAAUGUGUCAAGGACAAACCCUAAACCAUUUCAAUCUACUGCCUUGUUGCCUACGCCUAAGGGAGAUAUGUCAUAUAAUGGUAACAACUCUUUCAGUGGCUACAAGAGUCAAACUAGCAACAGUUUUGCUCCUGCGAGUAGUAAUAAUGGAUCAGUGAACAGUAAUGCAAGGAGUUUCAGACCCACUAAGAUUUUAUCUGCAGCAGAAAGGGCAGAGAAGAGUGCUAAGGGUCUAUGUUACUUUUGUGAUCAACCAUAUGAAAGGGGGCACAAGUGCGCCACCAGGAAAACACAACUAUUCUUGGUAGAGAUUCCUGGAGAUGAAGUGGAUGAUGACAUAGGUGAAGGGGAAGCCCUUGAUGAAAACAUCAAUUUUGAGAUACUGGAGACAGAACCUUGCAUCUCAUUCCAUGCUGUUAAUGGAAUUGCAGGCUACCAAACCAUGAGGGUCACUGGACAUUUUGGGAAGAAGGCCAUCCAAAUUCUAGUGGAUUCUGGUAGUACCCAUAACUUCCUGGAUAUUGAGCUGGCCAAGAAGUUGGGAUGCAAGUUGGAGCCUAUAUCACUACAACCAGUUACAGUAGCAGAUGGAAGUACAUUAAAAUGCCAGUAUACUUAUGGAGGAGUUCUCUUCAAAAAAAUUUCUUCGUUGGAUUUUACCAUAAAUUCUAGAGACCCGAUCCUAGGUAUGAACUCCACGCCUGAUGGGAAGAAAACAAAGAGAUUGUUGAAGUAUAUACUCGAAUGCUCUGCCCUGACCUUUCAAUGCAAAGUUGGUGCAAUAAAAUCAUGCUCAACAAAACAUUUCUGAAGUUGCCAACUUGCCAUUGUGGUUCAGUUUCAAACAAUUCUAUUGCCGGUUGUUAAACCUCGAUCGGUUUAGUCUGAAAGCAUUUUGGGGAUGUUGGGAAUGUUUCAGAGAGUGAUUUACCAUCGGUGGUCUUCUCCGCCGGUGUUCACUGGCGGGUUUGUUGACACGCAGGCGAGAAAUUGAUACAUUAAAUACAGAUUAACACAUGCAGUGGUCAAUCGCAUAAAAAUGUUAAGAUCCGAGCUGGAUCUGGAACGUCUUUCAUAGGUAAACAGAAAGCCUAAUGUGAUGUUGGUGGCAGAUGGGGCGAGAUUGUCGGGAUGGAUGUGACAAGUUUGAAAUGAUUUAUGAUAUGUCAAAAUUAAAUUUGCUUCCGCCAU